UCAAAUAUCAUGAAACGUCAUACAGGUGUGUGGUUAUUUGAAUUGAGGUUAGAAAGCUGUCAGGCAGGAAUUGGUGCAUCUGCCGCCACUUUCUCUCCAGCAGUUUGAAGAAAGAUUGUUUAAUAGAAUUUUGACCGCAGAUUAACAAAUAUAAGAGAGUGCAAAAAUGAGUAAAAUUUCUAAAAUGUUUAAGGGCAGCUCUUCAGGUUCUUCAAGCUCGUCAAAAUCGAGACACAGGGGACAGCGCACCGGACCUUCGUCUCAGGAAGCCAUUCACAGACUUCGGGAAACAGAGGAAAUGCUAACCAAAAAGCAAGAGUAUCUGGAGAAGAAAAUAGAACAAGAAAUUGCGAUAGCGAAGAAGAACGGCAUGAAGAACAAACGGGCCGCCCUACAGGCUCUGAAGAGGAAGAAACGCUAUGAGCAGCAGCUCACCCAAAUUGAUGGAACCCUGUCCACCAUCGAGUUCCAGAGGGAGGCGCUAGAGAAUGCCAACACUAACACAGAGGUGCUAAAGAACAUGGGCUUUGCAGCCAAGGCCAUCAAGAGUGUCCACCAGAACAUGGACCUGGAGAAGAUAGAUUCUCUGAUGCAGGAUAUAACAGAGCAACAGGAAGUGGCUCAGGAGAUAUGUGAUGCUAUCUCGCGACCUUUCGGCGAGGUGUUUGAUGAGGAUGAGCUCCUGGCAGAACUGGCAGAGUUGGAACAAGAGGAGUUGGAGGAGAGCAUGAAGAACAUGGAGAGACUGCCUCGUGUGCCGUCCUCCAAACUCCCCUCUGUCCAGCCCAGUCAGCGCACUAAAUCCAAGAAGAGGGUGGACAAUGACAACGACAUGCAGAUGUUAGCAGCCUGGGCAACUCACUAAUAUGCGCACAUGCACAAACACACACGCACACACACAGUCUUGAUAUGAAGGUUAAUCUGAAGGUUGUUUUUUUCUCUUUUGAGAAUUUUAUAAGUGUAUACAGUUUCUUUGUGUUUCUUUGUAGCCUAUAAUGGAUAGGUUUUGCAAAAUGUUUGGUAUACAAUAGGUAGGCCUAAGUGACUUUCUGUGGUCUUUUACACCAGUGUGGUUUCUUUUGUGUGCUUUUCUAUGUUUUACUGUCAGAAACAAAUCAGUUACAUAAUUUUAAUGACACAGGCUUUUCUAAUACAAUAAUGUUAAUAGUCAGACACAUUUUUGUAAAUUCAUAUUAAUAUGACUUUAAGAAAUAAAGUAUAUACAGCAUGAAUGUAGUUCGUCAAGUUUGCUACACUGCGUUUCUGUAUUGCCGAUCUGAGAUACCAAGGGGGCACCAUACUUCAGUCUUUGAAUACGUGCUUGUAGGCUACUGUCCCGCCUGUCAGCCAGUAAAGCAGGAAAUCCUUGUACGGUGGAUUAGAGUAAGACGAACCUGCCGAUGAAAGGAGCAUACUGUAGCUCAUAGCUAAUGUAAACCUGCAUCUUGAACCGCAAUAACAAAACAGUAUGGAAGCAGAUAAA